UUCCAAAAAGAUCUUUCCCUUUCUUUUUUCUUCUCUCCUCUUGACCAACAUACGAGAGAGGUGCAUUCAGUAUCUACAAUCUCUCGCCGAUUGAAAUCUAGGGUUUCUGCUCAAGUCGAGAAUCAGACUCGUCAACAGUGAUAUUCAAAGAAGGAUUUUGAGAUAUGGGGAAGAGGAAGUCAAAGUCAAAGCCACCUCCUAAGAAGCGGAUGGACAAGCUUGACACUGUCUUUAGUUGUCCUUUCUGCAACCAUGGCACCAGUGUUGAAUGCCGCAUUGAUAUGAAGAACUUGAUUGGGGAAGCCUCAUGCAGAAUAUGCCAAGAGAACUUCAGUACCUCCAUCACAGCUCUGACUGAGGCAAUAGACAUAUACAGCGAAUGGAUUGAUGAAUGUGAACGGGUUAACGCUAGUGUUGAAGAUGAUGGUGCUUAGCAUGAAGAACUGAUGCCCUAGAAAAACAGUUCAGCGUUGGAAUAGCUCUUAAUUUAUGAGCUAGUAGCUAUCUUAGCUGUUGGUGGGAGCAGUGUGGACAGUAUUGGUGGUUUUAAAUAUUAUUCUGAUAUGCUGUAUAUGUUAUUGUGAGAAUAAGUUGUAUGCAUUUAAAGGAAACCACGUGAGGAACUUGCCCAACUGAGGCUAUCCAAAUAUUAAGAGUUCCAAUGCAUUGUACCGAAAUAUGUAAGUUUUAUAUGCUGAUGUAAUGUGAUGUAUGAUAGUCUUUGGUUUA